UAUUUUCCAGCUAAAUCUCAGUUUAAUAUAUCUAUUUGUAUGUUAUAACACUAAGAGAACAUGCACGUCGAAUGGCAGGAGUUUACUAACUGUUGCCGCUAGCAAGAGUUGUCUUCGGCAUGCGCUACGUGCCUGCAGUUGUCGGCUAACAUUUUUAGCAUCAAAGCUAACCUGCGUUGGGGAUUAAUAGAGCCACUGUCUUGCCUUCUGUAGCACCAUGCCGAAGAGGAAAGUAACAUUUGAGGAUGGGAAAGGGGAGUUCGACCUGGAUGACGAAGUCCCAAACAAAAAGAGCUGUGAAGCUGUCAGUGGACCAGGCUCCAGGUUUAAGGGAAAACAUUCCCUUGAUAGCGAUGAAGAGGAUGAAGAGGGUGACACAGACAGCAAAAAAUAUGAAAUUCUGGACAGUGAUGAUGUGGACGGCCAAGAGGGAGCAACAAUCGAUUGUGAUGAGGGAAUUCCUAUCACACCUUUCAACCUGGACGAGGAGAUGCAGGAAGGACACUUUGACUCUGAGGGAAACUAUUUUGUCAAAAAGGAUCAAGAGAUUAGAGAUAACUGGCUUGACAACAUUGAUUGGGUGAGAAUAAAAGAACAACCUUUCAAAAAAAAGAAGAAAGGUCUUGGAGCCAAACGGAAGCGCAGAGUUGGUGAUGAGGAUGAGGCUGAGGAAGAGAAACAAAGAGAAGAGCAGCAGGCAGACAAAGAAAAUGAAGAUGAAGAGGAGGAAGAGGAGAUGGAGCCUGCAGAGGACCCCCUGGCAUCCCUCACACAGCACCAGCUCACAGAAGCUGUGGUCGAACUGUUGCUACCUGGGGAGACAGUUGCCGCAGCACUUCGUCGGCUAGGAGGCCUUGGAAGACGGAAGAAGGGGAAGCUGAGGGAAGAGAGUGAACCCACUGAGGAGGCCAAAAGAGAUACAGAAAAGCUUGACAGGCUCACAGCACUAGCUGACAGAUUGGUUGGAUCUGGGAUGUUUGAGAUCUAUCAGCAAACGUAUGAAAAACUGGCCUAUAUGAUGAGAAGCAUGAGUAGCAAGCAACCAGCUUUAAGGAAAGCCAGUGGUGAUGGCGAUGAUGAUGGAGAAGAAGAUGAACUUGACAUGUUUGCAGAUAAAUUUGACGACAAGCAUGGUGGAACUGAUGAUAAAGAGGAAGACAAAAGAGUGAGUGAUGAAGUGAUGUGGGAGUACAGAUGGGAGAAUAAAGAUGAUUCAGAAGUUUACGGCCCCUUCACCAGUCAGCAGAUGCAGGGUUGGGUGGAUGAAGGCUAUUUCAGCAGCGGUGUUUACUGCAGGAGGAAGGACCAGGAUGGCUCUCAGUUCUACAACUCCAAGAGACUAGACUUCGAGCUAUAUACAUGAUUCAGUCCAGCAGAUUAUUAUUUGAACCUGUCAUGAUCAUUAUCAGGUUUUUCCCUUAGUCUUUGUUCAACCUGGGCUUUGGUGUCAAAUCUGUUAUUUUAACAGGGGCUUUGUUUUCUGUACAUUGUUUUUAAAUAAAUAAGUCAUGUAUGUGGUGUUGCCUUCAGCUAUUUCUUUCGGAGAGAUUCAAAUAAAAUUUUGGGGUUUA